AAAGAUCCUCAAUCAGGGUCGGUUGGAUGAAAGUUUUUUAAUCAGCUAUGAUCAACUAACGGAACAUUUUACAUUAUCUUUUAGAAGCGGAAAGGAAAUUAAACGCUGUCGACUAGCUAUUGAAGGCCGGAUGGUCCACGUGGAAAAAAGUUUUCAAAAGUUUGAAACUCUGGAAGCCCUUUUGUGCUUCUAUAAAGAGCAUUCCAUAUAUAACCGUACCAAGAGAUCGCUCGACAACAACUACCUAACAGCAAUCUUUACUUAUCUGUUUACCCCCAAUUGCAAAAUGAAACAAAUGAAACCCAAAACUUUAAUAAUCACGUGGCCAUCUUUCAUUAUGAACCGCAAGGACCAGACGAAUUACGGCUUAUUAAGGAUGUCCCCGUCGCUGUGGUGAAAAAGAAUACCAAUGGCAUGUGGGAAGGGCGCCAGUUGGGACAAACAGGGCUCUUCCCAAGUUACUGCGUCGACCUUCUCGUGUGAUACUGAAGCUUUGCAGAUCCCGGAACUGUCCAGAGAGCGACGGUUUGUCUUUUCCUUAGAAAGUUUGAAAUCUGUUGAAAAAAUUAGCGCCUAUGAACUUCAGCUCUCUUUUUCUAAUCCGAAAUUAGAGGUUUUUCUUUCUACUCGGUUUGUUCUAGCAAGCACCCGUAACAGAAAAUUGCUGGCAAACGAUUGGUUGGAAGCAUUUUCGACCAUUCAUGCUCGGAAACCUUCAGAACUGGUUCCAAGGGAAGAGCACAACGCGUUAUCCUCGUCGCUGGAAAAACUUAUGGGCCCCUAAAGGCUACUCUCCACCGACAAAAUUUUGGACGUUCAGCAUUUUGACACUAUUCUGCUUCCCGAACACAAGGCUGUUAGAAGCAUCCACUUGGACCCCGAAGAACUUUUCUCUUAUAAUAUAGAUCGCAUAGUCGUUGCGUAUCAACUAUUCAAACUUUAAUCCCGUUCCGUUUUGGAAUUGUGGGAAUCAGUAUGUUGCUAUGAA